UGCCCAGUUGAUUCUCUAUCGAACUCCAACUGCCAUCACCUUCCCGAGGGUUUAGGGCUUUGUUGAAGGAUUCGAAGCCGAAAAAAGCGAAAACCUUCUCCCUCUCCCUCUCUCCACCGACUCCCGCCGCCGGAAAAGCUUCGAUUCCACAGGUGUAAGGAAGCGAAAGAGUAUUUGCUGCGUGAUGGCGAUGGCGGAAGAGGAGCAGAAGCCACUUGCUUACAUACCAGAGAUUGUUCUGAAGAAGAGGAAGCACAAGGAGGAAUCCAUAGCGCUCACGAGGAAGAAUCAGCUGGAGUUGGGGGCUCGUGCUGAGAAGAAGAGGAGAGUUCACGAUAUCAAGAGGCCGGAGCACUUUGUCAAGGAGUACAGAGACAGGGAAUUGGAUCUCAUACGAAUGAAGCAGAGGACUAAGAGGCCAAAGACAACGAGAUCAGCAGUGCCCAAGCCGAAGCUUUUGUUUGUGGUGCGGAUACAAGGAAAGAACGACAUGCACCCGAAAGUUAGGAAGAUCCUUUACAAGCUAAAGCUGAGCAAAGUCUAUGAUGGUGCGUUCAUGAGGGCAAGUGAAGGAGUGUUAGAGAUGUUAAAAAGGGUGGAGCCGUACAUCACAUAUGGGUAUCCAAGUGUUAAAACUGUCACUGAUCUGAUAUACAAGAAGGGUCAUGGAAAGAAGGACAACCAGAGAGUUGCCUUGAUAGACAACAAUAUCAUUGAACAGGUAUUCAACAAUACCCUUUGAAACCUUCAGCUGCAUGACUCUUUUCAAUCGGCUCUUUACAGCAACACCCUCUGAUGACAGGCAUUAGGCGAAUACGGUAUUCUAUGCCUGGAAGAUCUCGUUCACGAGAUCACAACCAUUGGACCACACUUCAAGGAGAUCAAUAGCUUCCUGGGACCAUUUUCGCUCAACAAGCCGAAAGAUGGGCUGCAAGGCAAGAAAGCGCUGUUCAAGGAUGGCGGUGACUCUGGAAAUCGCGAAGAUAAGAUUAACGACUUGAUCAGUAAGAUGAAUUAGUUUCAAGGUGUCCUUUUGUUUUGUUCUUUUGUUUGUUGGUAGAGUUUCAUGGCUUCUUUUGCUUGUAUGUUUUAAGUGCAUUUCACCUAAGGAAUGCAAGACACUGAAAGUAAAUUCUUCAGGCAUGUAUCACAAAAUUUUGUCUACUGCUGCAUUGUCUACUUUUGCUUGGAUGUUCUGUUG